UUGUUCAUCAGUCCAUCAGUCACAGAACAUCAUGUCUCGAUCAGUCCUGAACUUCAUCUUCAUCCUCCUCCUCCUCUGCAGAUCCUGCGACUCCAGCCGCAAACUUCUGCUCUUUCUCAUCGAUGGUUUCAGGUACGAUUAUACAGACGAUCUACAAAACCUGGGAGGAUUCAGAGAGAUCGUGGAAAACGGUGUGAAAGUGGAUUACAUGACUCCAGAUUUCCCCAGUCUGUCCUAUCCAAACUAUUAUUCUCUAAUGACAGGGCGUUUCUGUGACGUGCAUCAGAUGACGGGGAAUUNUUACACGGUCCUGCUCACACUGUCGGCGCUUAUUUCUGCGAUAACAACCGGCUGCCUGAGUAAUAAAGCAGAUAUGGCUGCGAUAUAUUAUGAGAAGAUUGAUGUAGAAGGUCAUCAUCACGGUCCUCGUUCUCCACAGAUCAAGAGUGCCGUGCACUCACUGGACCAGGCUCUUCAAUACCUCAACCGUAUAAUCAAGGAGAAGAGCAUGAGAGAUGAGAUAAAUGUGGUGAUGUUUUCUGAUCACGGUAUGACCGAGCUCAAGUGGAUGGAGAAUGUCAUCGAGCUGGACAAAUACACCUCCAUGUCAAACAUCAUUAAAAUGAUGGACAGAGGGCCGGUGGUCAGCCUGUGGCCCAAACAAGACAAGUGUGAGGAGGUAUAUCAAAACCUGAGCAAAGUGAACAACAUGAAAGUUUAUAAGAAGCAAGAGAUUCCAGACCGAUAUCACUACAGGAACGGGAGAUUCGUCUCGACACUGACGCUCGUGGCAGAGCCCGGAUGGUUCAUCGCUGAGAAUAAAAGCAUUCUGCCCUUCCCGGAAAACAGCACAGGGGGGGCAGAAUACGGCUGGCACGGUUAUGAUAAUGAGUUUAUAGACAUGAGAGGAUUCUUUCUGGCACAGGGACCAGACUUCAAGACAAAUUUCCGGGCUGGUCCCAUUCGAUCAGUAGAUGUGUAUAAUAUUUUAUGCAGGACGCUGGGGAUUGAACCUCUGCCCAACAACGGCUCGUGGUCCAGGGUGGAGAGUAUGUUAAGAAGCUCAACAGACGUCACACGACCCGCUCUGAUCUACAGCUUGCUUCUGUCAUUACUGCUGCUCAUCAGUGACGUAUAAAGUACCUCACAUCAAUACCUGAGUAAAAGUACAAAUAUCUCACCAGAAAAUUACUUUGGUAGAAGUGAAAGUAAGCUUUUAGAAUAUGACUCGCGCAUAAGUCUUAAAGUAUCAGAUACAUAUUGUACUUAAGUAUCCAAAGUACUUUUUAUAUGAAAUCUACUUAUGUAUAUAGUUGAAGCAAAUGUGGUUAAUAAAAAUGUUAAUUUUUUUAGCAUAAAGAUCAAAAUGGUGCUUGAAAUGUACAACUUUGAAAAAGCUCGGUCUCAAGCUCAGUAGUUUUAUCAGGAGCAACAUGUUGCCAAAUUGCCAAACUAUCAAAAUACAAGUUCAGAAACCACAUCUUUAUAACUGUACAUUAUAACUUAUAACAGGAUAGUUCCCUCCCACCCCCAAUAUUACCCCUCUAAGAGAACAACUUGGAACAAAAUCAGAACAAUUCUGUCCGGCCCUUACUUCUUUCUUUCCUUGCACUUCCCUCACAGUAACAACGCAGUCAUUUCAUCAUUCAUAGAAACUGAAACACGUGCGGUUUAUCUUUAAAAGCAGCAGCACAUUGAAACCUUGUUGAAAUGAACUGCGGAGAGCACUUGUGCAUUGAGCUUUAACCAAUGAUCGGUUCAGCAUUGUCCUACCCUGUCAGAUGUUCUACCGCAGGGCAAAAUUUAACAAUCUAAUCUAAACCACAUCAGCUAAAUUAACCAGGUAAAAUGAUUUUACAAUGCAAAAUACAUGGACAGAUAGUCCUUCCAACUUAGACAUAUGUAACCUCUGGCUAAAAUUAGAAAACCCCGACUACGCCACUUAGGUCAUUUCUCCACCCAGGAAAAUAAAGUAACACACACAAAAAAAUGAAAUAGAAUUAAACCAAAAGUAAUUACAAUGAUAUGAAGGACCCUGCUGGUUUGUAUGGAAUUAAAGACAGAGACGUGACUUUCCAAAAUAGUAUAAAUUUAUUUAACCAGAAUAAUUAUUAAAUCUAAAAUCUCUUAAAUAGUUUGCCAGUCAUUUUUGUCUCAGUCACAGUUGAUAAAUGCCUAGAAUAAAUCCACUUUAACAGAAGGGACAAACCACACAGCAAAUCAGUGCAUAAUUCUUAAAACAAGUGAUGAACCAAAAAAAGGCAAAACCAACAAAAAACAAAUAAUCUCUCCCCCUCUGUUAAGCCUCAAUAUGUGGAUACAUACCCGGCCACAAACACUGAUACAAAUAAAAUAAAGAAAGAAAAUAAAACAAAAAA